UUCCCAACCUGGGUAAUACAAUUUAUUUGAGAUUUAUUUCCUGUUAUUAUGCUCCACUGAAAUACUUACCGGCUCGGGUCUUUUGUUUACUUCAGCAAAUGAGCAGAUAAAAAAAAACCGAGAACGAGAACAAGAGCAAAGGCAAAAAGACAAGAUUGAAGGAGGGAAAAUGUGGUGCUCAGUGACUGCUGCUGGAACGGAAAAUGGUCCAGCACCACCGUCGAGAAGUAAACAUAGUGCGACAUUACUUGGAGGUCAUGUUUAUCUUCUGGGAGGUAGAAAUGGAAAUCUCCCUCUGAAAGAUCUCUGGAGGUAUAGUUUGGCUGAGAGUCGGUGGGAGGAGCUACAUCCCAGUGGAGAACGACCUCCAGCGCUUCAGGAACACAGCGCAGUAGCAUACAAGGAUUGUUUAUACGUUUUCGGCGGCGAGCUGGGCUUCUCCGCGGGCACUGAAACCCCUCUAUGGGUCUACACAGUGAAGACAAAUUUGUGGAGAAAAAUACGAGCGCAGAGGGGGUGCGCUGUGCCGAGAGGACGAAGAGGUCACACGGCAUUGGUGCAUCGAGGGCAGAUGUUAAUCUACGGUGGAUAUCAAGAUUUACGUGGUAGUUCACCGGAAUUGUGGGCGUUUCACUUUGAGACGGAAUCUUGGCACUUGUUAUCGUCAAGUGAAUGUGGUCCAGCACCGCGUCAUAAACACUCGGCAGUUUUGCACUGCGACUCGAUGUUUAUUUACGGGGGUAUGACAGAUCUACAGGAAAGAAAUGACUGCUGGAAGUGGGACGUUAAGUCAGCAAUGUGGACUAUGUUGAAGAAUAAACCGGGACCUGGAGCACUACAUGGUCAUGCUGCAUGCAGAUUGCCCAGUUGUAUGUUGAUAUUUGGCGGUGAAACCAAUGGACUGGCGACUAAUGAUCUUUGGCGGUUUCAUUUUGCCACAGAAACAUGGGAGAGAUUGACUGUACCUGGGCCAAAGCCGCAACCAAGAGCUGAAAGUGUUGCUCUUGCUGUUUCGGAGCUUGUUAUCAAAGGCAGUGGGAUGCAAGAUAAUCAACGGCCAAGGUUGCGUAGCAACAAAACAAGAUUUUCAUUGUCUGGAAGUGGUGGGAAUCGAGUGUCACCAUGUGAAGCUCCAACGAGACCAAGUUUCCUCAAAGAAAUAUCCAAACUUUCACAAAUAAAUCUUUCAAGACUGAGUCAUCCCAACAAAUGCAGUUAUUCGGUAUUGAGUGGCCAAGAAGACACUGAAGAGUGUCCGCAAGAUGUUAAUUCUUAUUAUCCGUUCCAGCAGGUUGAUUCUGAAUUAGCAGAACCAUCAAGCGGUAUGGUGAAAUCACGAAGUGCUAAUGCGUUAGCUCGACGAAGACAGCGCACUUUGGCGGAGGCUAACAGAUCCAGCUUUGAGAGUUCAUCUUAUGAAGCUAAAAGUGCUCGCAUGACUCGCGAGCCGAUUUCUGUGCCAAACUUCCGUGCUCUGACUCUACCUACGCCUGUUCUUACGCCCGUGGAAGCCGCGAGACUGGUGUUUGUCGAUCCCGACGAAGACAGCGAUGAUGAACAGAAAGGAUUAGCGACCACGCGACUUAUAGAUGUCGCUGAAGAAAAAGCCGAUUUCGAAACACUUCAUCAAGCUUGUCAGCCUACGCGCGGGGAAAGCUACAGUUCUCAUCUGUACGAAGCUGUACAGAGUCCUAAGACACCUUGUGCAACUAAAAUUCCAACUUCAGCAUCUGUACGAUUCGCGGAUCUAGAAGAAGGUGAAGAAUCAACCUCGGAUUACGCGAGUAUAGAAGCAAGAAGUCCCGGAGAUCCACUCGCAGACGACGACUGGCCUGACAGAAAAAAGUCUAAACAACGCGCGCCAACGAUACGUGAAGGACAAUUCGGAUUUUGCAAUCCAAAUUAUUUAGGACUCGAAGCUACUGAUGAUAAAUUUGCAAAAAUGCUUAAUAGUCCACCUGACAGUGUCCUCGAAGAUGCUCCAGGUAGAUCAGCCUCACAGACUUUCGCAGAGUUACUCGAGUUGCAGGAAAUAAAACCAAGAGCACCACCCAAGAGCCUGGCUCUCGGUUCCCCAUCCAGGAGAGCUGUCAGUGCGUCACGUGCUGAAAGACAAAGAGAAAAACUUGCUGCCAGUGAAGCUGUUACACCAGCACCCCUCUAUGUUUUUUUGGUCGGCGGUAAAGAAAAGGGUCUUGCUGGUGUUUUUGCACGACCCGUAUCGCUCUGGAAGCUUCAAUUAGCUCCGCAUAUUUUUUAAUCAAUCACGCUGUAAUCUAAUCAACCAAUACCAGUUUUUGCUGAAAGUUUCCUCAUCAUUUACCAACUAGAGUGUUGAUAAUUCUAGUGGUUGUAAAAAAAUUUUAAAUUACUUGCCAAAUGGAACAGAGUAUUAUUCGUAUUCUUUUCGUCAAAAAAACGUAACAAAAGUACCUAUUUGAGACCGUCAUAUACACUCGAGUAAACGAAAUUUAUAAUAUAUAAAAUAAUAAUCAAAUGAAACAAAGGCAAUAAAUGUAUACACAUGACUUAUGAGAAAACUUUGAUGAUAAAUAUAUAAUCCACUAUACAAUAUUUUAAAAAAGUAUAUAUAUAUAUGUAUCUAUAGAAAAAAAAUGAGAUUGAUGUAUUAAAAGUGAUUUCGAAACCGUAACGAUGGAAUGUCAGUUGUCAAUUUAAGAAAGCUAUAAAAAUAAGUAAAUAUAUAAACAGCUGGAUAUUAUUAAAAAUAGAUGACGAUAAGAAUAAAGAAAUCAAUGUAAGAAUGUAUAGAAAAUUUAUAAAGCAAGUCUUGUAUUUAUUUUUGCUGCCUACUGUAGAGACAUUACAUAAUAUUUGUAUACUUAUGAUAUAAAUAUGCUGUUUUCUUUGAUCUAGUAAACACGGAACACGAUAACAAAACCGAAAUGUCUUUUCAAGUAUAUAUAUAUGUUAAGUACAUGUCUCAUGACAUAUUAUUGCCAUAGAAACAGAAUUGUUCAAACUAUUAUACAAUGAAAAAAAAAUGUCAAAUCAAUAUUUUCGGAUACGAUAUGCAAUUUCUUACUACGAAUUAUUCAAAUUUGUAUAUUGGAUGAUAAUAUUCCUUAAAAAAAAAAAAUUACAAAAAUUUUACAUCUUUAAGGACAUUCUCAGACAGUACCAGCCAGUUUUUGAAAAUGUUCAAUAACGAAUUGUCAUAAGCGAAUUAAAGUUUUAUUAAAUAAUUAAAGAAUAAAUUGGAGCAUUUGGAAAAAAGACACUGGAGUUGCAAUUGCCGCCGAGAUAUAAAUUUUAAAAAAAUUACUUACAGUUGUUAUCAAUUAGAAGUCAAACGAAAUUAAAAUUAAAGUUCUAAAAGUAAAAUCAGGCAGCAAUGAAGUAUUUUAUUCAUGUAAUUGUCAUUUAAAUCUAAAUAAUGCAGGUAAAAAUAAAAUAAUGUCAAUUUACUGGUCAGGUUCAUUAAUUGGGACUGUCAUCUUCUAUCUUGGCGAAAAUUUCAACUCCGUUGUCCUUUUUUCAAUUGAUGCUCAAAUUUAAAAAAAAAAUUUAAAUUCAGCUAUGGUAGUCAAGCUAUUUAAAAUUUAAAAAAAGUGGCGGGCAAUGACCGAGAAUGCCCUUAAUGAUAUAAAAAAAUGUAUUUAACGCGCAAAAGCUAUUUAGCAAUUAGCGCAUAGUAUUAUUACAAUUAAUAAUGCAUUUGUUUACUUACACAUCGGUAUUAUAAUUGUAGUUAGUAAUUUUUACGAUAAUCAUCUUUUGAAUAAGAUAAUAAUAAUAAGCGUACUAAUAAACAAAUAUAAUUAGUGUUAUAUAACAGAAUGGUAUUAAUUACAAGUUCAUAUUGAACUACUCGAUCUAUAUUCUAUAACAUUAAUUAAUUAAUUUAAUAAUGAAGUAACUAGUCGAUACUGUUUAUUGUAGAAUAAUUAUUUUUAUGGGUAAGAGUACUUGCGUGAUUUAAAUGCCAAAAGAUAAGAUGAAUAAAAAUGAAAGGGAAAUAAUUUACUCUAGUAACUAUAAAUUAUUUUUUAUGCUUCAGUUCAGAACUGACACAGGGUAGCGUAAAAAAGUUAAGUUAGGAUGCCAUACGUCCAGAUCAUGCAAGUUGUCUAAAAAAUUUUUUACGCGAUUGCUCAAUCCAACGAGAAGUGACGUACGCAUGUGAAAAAUUAAAACGUCCAAGUGGACCGGAACUUAAUUAUUAUAUUUAUUAGUAGUAUAUAUUGUCCAGCCAAUUUUGUGUGAUUAUUUAUUAUGUUAAUUAUAUGAUUGCGUAUUAUUUAAAUGCCCAAUGUGGCCCGAUGCAUAUAAUCCAUCCAAGUAGAUAGUUUUAACGGUGAAUGUCCUUUAUGUUGGACACUGACUCUUUUUAAAUAAAUAUUUUAGUUAUUAUUAUUAUAGUAAGAUCUAAGUUGGUCUGUUGAUAAUACACUGAUCAAAAAAAUUAAAGGAUUUUUUAGCAAUUUUGUCUAGAAACCCUUUUGGUUUGAAUCCUACUUUUUAAUUUGAGAGCUCCAAGAGCUUUGAAAGAUAACUUUUUGCUGUCAUUGGCAUUCGAAGGAAAGAUUUCAUUUCCGGCUGAUAAUUAAUUACUCCUUUUAUUUUUGUGACCAGUGUAUUUGUGAAAUGAUAAUUUUAGGCCAUUCUUAAUCUUUAUAAAUUUUAUUUGACAGAUGUUACAAUUAAAUUAAUUGGCAACAUUUUAAAUCUAUAAAAAUUUACAUUUCAUAAUUAUUAUUAUUAUUGUGAUAAUUUAUCAAUAAUUAAAUUAACAAAUGUUUAAUUCAUGGGAUUUAGUGCAAUUAUCAAGUUAAAUACUAACACAUAUCAUGUAUGUAUUGAUAAAUUAUAUUAAGUUAUUCAUUUUGUUGAUUGUAAACAAACUAGUUGAUAAUAAGUAAAUAAAUAAAUAUUAUCAGCGUCCAACUUUAAAGCCGCACCAAAAUUAAAAAUUUAAAAAUAAAUCAAUGUUUUCCAUUUUCG